AUGCAGGUAGAAGUCACCGACCAAUGCAUUGUAAAAAGCAAUGACUAUAAUAAUAUUCCAUUUAAGUGGCAGAUUUUAGGCCAAGGUGAGAUGAUGGCUGAAUAUGUUGAGUAUUGUGUUCAUAUCUCAGUAGAAAAUCUGUCCUCCCUCUUGGAGAUAUCGGAUGCUCAUCUGCUUUAA